CAUAAAGGACCAGAGAUGCACUCAGAACAAAGGUAUGGGAGAGGCGCAGCGUCCACGUCCCGGUGUUCAAACCUUUCAUUUCUCUGGAAAAAUACCCGCGUUUUCAGACACAAGUCCCUAUGGUUUCGGAGCUCCUCCCGGAGCUGGGAGGUUCAGUUCCGCCUUCUUCGGCCCGGCCUGGGGCCACCGCCCUCCCGAGACCUGGCAGCGUCCCCUGCGCGCGCAGCGCUCCCGGCGCUCAGCCGCAACCCACCUCCUCUGCGUCCCGGCCCUUGGGGACGCCCAGGCUCUGGAGCCCCUGCUGCAGCUCGCCGAUGUCCACCACGCCGUCCCGGCUUCGGUCCAGCACCUGGAACAGGGUCUCGUAGCGCGUGGACGGCUCCGCAUCCUGGCAGGCCGCCGAGGACAGCGCGAAUCCCCGCAGCCAGCGCAGCAUGGUUCCGGGGAAGUCAGCAAGCCUACCACCUGCGGGGCGCGGCCGCUAGGGACUCCGACGCCAGGCUGGGCGUGGGGGGACGCCGUCCCGGGCGAGGCCUAGGCGGGAGCGGGAACCGAGCUGCGCGGCGGGCGUGGCAGCCCAGCUGCUGCUCUGGGCGGAGCUGGCCUCCGGGAGGGACGGGCCAGCCUACAGUAGGGGCCCUGCUGGGUGCUCUGAUGCUUGGGAAGAAGUUCUGCUUCAUCCCAGAAAUGGAUGUGGUUCUGAGGUUUGGUGUUCAAAGUUCAGGUGAGACAGAACUUCUGCAUAACAUGCGGUAACGGUAACUGGACACACACUGGAUCUACCGAGAGAAGAGCAGAGUCCUAGUCCUCCUGCUGAGCGAAUCUGAAGCCCAGGCAUAGCAUGGUCUCUCCAGGUGAGAAAGAACAGCUGCCUCCUACCAGGAGAGGUCUUUAUGCUCUACAGCACCCAGCACCAAUCAGGAUGCCCUCACUGUCAUCAAUCUCAGUUUAAUCACAGCUGCUUACUAGAAACCAGUUCUAUCCUGUUGUCACCAGGCAUUUAAAUGAAAACCUAAACCACUCUUGUCUACAAAGGCCAGGAACUAAGACCCUGAAUUUGCCUCCUUCCUUCCCCUUUUGUUUAAAACAUACUAUUGUGAAUAAAGAAUGCAGGUAAGGACUGUCUGCUUAAUAAAAGUCAUUCUGAAACC